AGCGUAGCCAUGCAGCAGACUGGGAGAUGCCUUGAACGGCAUAUUCUAUUUAAUUGCCCUUGUGAACCUAUCAAAAUCAUCAUUUUUCUAUUGUGUCAUAGCUCAUAUAAUCUUCACAACUGCUGCAGUUAUUCUUCCUACAAUUCUCAAAGUCCCGAGGGAAGAAAAGGAAAGAUGGAAGAACAAGUUGAAAUGGUGGGGAAAGCAUUUGUGGAUCAUUACUACCACCUGUUUGAUAAUGACAGACCUUCUCUUGCUCUUCUGUACCAACCAACUUCCAUGCUUACAUUUGAAGGCCAAAAGAUUCAGGGGACAGAUAAUAUAAUUGCAAAGUUGGUGCAAUUGCCAUUCCAGCAAUGCCAUCACGUAAUUAGCACCAUCGAUUCUCAACCAUCAUCCUUUGCUGGAGGCAUUUUAGUCUUCGUCAGUGGUACCCUCCAACUGCAAGGAGAGGACCAUCCUCUAAGGUUUAGUCAGAUGUUUCAUUUGAUACCCACGGUGGAAGGAAGCUUUUUCGUGUUGAACGACAUAUUUCGCCUCAACUAUGCUUGAAUACAGUCCUUUUCCUGGCAAUUGAUUCUUCCGAUAAAGAAAACAUGUGAAAAUGAGAAAAGGUUGCCCUGUGAAGUUCGAUCGUGAUUGUUGUUUUGUUCCAGAAAUCUGAUAUGCUAAAUAUAUUGUUGUGUCUCACAUUGUUUUACGCGAGGCAGAUUUAAAUGGAGUAAAUAUCAGAUUCGUAAGGAUUUUUUGGACUAA